UUCGAGCUUGCAGAUGGGGGAAGAGCGCGCAGGCCGCCGGGCGGCGGAGGGAUCCGCGGCCCGGGGCGGAGAGCGGACGUAACGGCGUCCUUUGACGGCACGUUCAGUGGCUGGAAGUAUUCCGCCGCCUUGAGUUUUUAUUAAGAAAAAAAGCAACGAGGGUGCUAGCGGAAGAACGAGCAACGGGAAGCCACACGCGCGCGUGCGCGGGGCCGUUUCCAGGGUAACGGGUAGGGCCGGGGCGCACGCCGGCGACCGAGCGCAGGCGUCCUGGCAGGCGGGAGGUUCGAACCCCGAGGCUUCCAACUCUGUCCGCGUGGUCCCUGGGUGGGCCGGUCUCAGUUUGCUCCUCUGUGAAGUGGGUGGCUUCUCUAGACCCAUGUACGUGGCCAGGAUGUUUUGAAGGGACAGGGUUCCACCGAGCUGCCGAAGGAAAGUUUCUAUGUGUUCUACAGAGGGAGCCACAAGUGCCAAGGAUUAGCAUUGUUGCUACUGGGAACCCGCUAACACCCUGUGAUCAACUGUAAAUUUAUCCUCUACCGGCCGCCCAGCUCUGUGGGCCCCCGUUCCUCACUCUUUAAAGUUAGGCUGAAAUGCCACCCCCUCCAGGCAGCCGUCUCUGGCAUCUCGGCUGAAGCAGCCUUUCUGCCGGCUGGAUGCGAGAGCGCGAUGGAUCUUCCACGAACACCUGGUCCAACUCCCUUAACGUGGAGCCUGGGGCUCCUUCAUCCGCAGCUAACAAUAAGCGUGCACGCUGGGGCACUGACCUCACGCUUUUUGCUGCUCAUUUCUCCCGACAGCUCUAAUUUGUGUGUCAUUUACUGACGAGGAACAAAAGUUCAGAGAGGUCAACUUCAUACAGUUUGUUAAUGGCAGCGCUGAGGCUUUAAAAAUCAACUUCCUCCGACUUGGGAUGAAAUCCAAACUUCAGCGCGGCUGCCUGACUUGUACUUCCAUCCCCUGGAUUAACGCCUGUCCUCUAGUGGGUGCUCAGUGUGCAUUUACUGAGUGGAAGCACGAAGGAACUAAGUGACUGCCUCCACCUCCCUCCGUCGGUCUGGUUCUCUUGCAGAGCCCGUGAGCUUUUGGAAAUACAAGCUUAAUGUCACAGGCUUACCCUCCAGGACCGCCUCCCCAGCUUCAUCUUCUGAGCCUACCGUUUGAUACUGAAGCAGCUAUGUUGCAUGUCCUCCACGCGGGGCGUCGGGGGCUGCAGUAGACACCUGGAGCUUAUGCUCGCUGGCUGGCUGACGUCACCGUCCCGACUGCCACGGGGCACUUUUCUUUGCUUCUUCAGUUCAAGCCAAGAGCUUUGCAUGGCCCUCCCUGCUUCACGCCAGGCAGGGGUGGGUAGAGAGCCCUUCUUCUCUUGGUCCUGCUCACAUCCCAUGGUUGGGUCAGAUUGGGGCAAGUGUGUGUAUAGUGAUGGAGCUGUGCCAGAGCCAGAGUAGUGCAUCACCUGGUACUUUGUGACAGUAACGGUGUCACUGCAGGACAGCCCAGUAAAUUGAGAGAUGAGUUGUUGGGAGCUAGGAAUAGCGACUUUAUUGGGAAAGCCAGCAGAUGGAGAAGAUGAUUGACUCGUGUCCCAAAGAACCCUCUGACCUGAGGUAGAAUUCAGGCUUCUUCAUACUAAAAGAGCAGGAAGUGUGGCUGGCAGACUUCUUCAUGCCGGAAUCCCUUGUUCUUGCAGCUCUCCAGAAAACCCGGCCAUCUUCAUGUGUAAAUGUUGUAACCUCUUCUCACCGAGUCAGGCAGAACUGCUCUCCCACGUUUCUGAGAAGCACGCCGAGGAGGGGGUUAACGUGGAUGAGAUCAUCAUUCCGCUCAGGCCUCUGAGUACCCCCGAGCCCACCAACCCAGGCAGAACCGGAGACGAGUUUUCGGUCAUGAAGAGGAAGAGAGGCAGGCCUAAGGGGUCCACGAAGAAGCCCAGCCCCGAAGAGGAGCUGGCGGAAAACAGCGUUCCCCCCAGUGAGGACAGUCGGCGGGCCCCCGAGGAAGGGAGCAGCCUGGCUCCGAGCCGCCUGGAGUGCAGCAAGUGCUGCCGGAGGUUCUCCAACUCGCGCCAGCUCCGGAAGCACGUCUGCAUCAUCGUGCUGAACCUGGGCGACGAGGAAGGAGAGGCAGGUAAUGAAUCUGACCUUGAGCUGGAGAAGAAGUACAAGGACGAUGACCGAGAAAAGGCCCCGAAGAGGCCAAGGACGCAGAGAGCGGAGAAGGUGCAGAAGGCGCCCUUGGGAAAGGAGGCCGCGCAGAUCUCUGGAGCCAAGAAACCCAUCAUAAGUGUGGUGCUAACAGCCCACGAAGCCAUUCCAGGUGCUACCAAGAUCGUUCCAGUGGAGGCCGGGCCCCCGGAAACAGGAGCUGCAGACCCCGAGGCCACAGCGGCUGACCUGGCGCCCCGGAGAGGGUACCAGGAGUAUGCCAUCCAGCAGACGCCCUACGAGCAGCCCAUGAAGUCGAGCAGGCUCGGGCCCACCCAACUCAAGAUCUUCACCUGUGAGUACUGCAACAAGGUCUUCAAGUUCAAGCACUCCCUGCAGGCCCACCUGCGGAUCCACACCAACGAGAAGCCCUACAAGUGCCCUCAGUGCAGCUACGCCAGCGCCAUCAAGGCCAACCUCAACGUGCACCUGCGCAAGCACACGGGUGAGAAGUUCGCCUGCGACUGCUGUUCCUUCACCUGCCUGAGCAAGGGCCACCUCAAGGUGCACGUGGAGCGGGUGCACAAGAAGAUCAAGCAGCACUGCCGCUUCUGCAAGAAGAAGUACUCGGACGUCAAGAACCUUAUCAGGCACAUCCGGGACGCGCACGACCCGCAGGACAAGAAGGUCCAGGAGGCCUUGGACGAGCUCUGCCUGAUGACCAGGGAAGGCAAGCGGCAGCUGCUCUACGACUGCCACAUCUGCGAGCGCAAGUUCAAGAACGAGCUGGACCGAGACCGCCACAUGCUGGUUCACGGCGACAAGUGGCCUUUCGCCUGCGAACUCUGCGGCCACGGGGCCACCAAGUACCAGGCGCUGGAGCUGCACGUCAGGAAGCACCCGUUCGUGUACGUCUGCGCGCUCUGCCUCAAGAAGUUCGUCAGCUCCAUCCGGCUGCGCGCGCACAUCAAGGAGGUGCACGGCGCCGCCCAGGAGAGCUCGGUCUUCACCAGCUCCAUCAACCAGAGCUUCUGCCUCCUGGAGCCCGGCGGGGACAUCCAGCAGGAGGCCCUGGGGGGGCAGCUGCAGCUGGCGGAGGAGGAGUUUGUGUUCCAGGGGGUCAACGCACCCAAGGAGGCGGCCCGCCCUGGGGACCUGAGGCCUGAGCAGGGGCGGGAGCAGCCCGAGGCCCCCGCAGAAGGGCCCGCCCCACCCGUGUGCUCGGCCACCGCCCAGGCCGACGCCGCUGCCGCGUCACCCUGCGAACUGGCGGCCUCUGAGGCGUCCUCGGACCUUGGUCUGCACGCGGGUGUUUCCCAUGAGUUCUUGUUGCAGAACGACGCCGCCGCCUCUGCUGAGGCCGCGGCUGCUCCCGAGAAGACCUUGGACGCCCAGCAGGGAGGCCCUGCCCCGCCCCCACCCCCGCCCCCCGGAGCGGACCGCCCGCCACUGCCGUCCACGGCCAAAGGCAUGGGGGCAAACCUGGAGGCCCAGGGCGCUGAGAGUCCCCCGGCCGAAGGGCAGAAAGUGGCUGUCCUCCCCUCCGAUGGCCCAGAUCCCGGCAGCAGUCUCAGGUCAAACCCAGCUGCGGCCUCAGACCCCCCUCCGGGAGCAGAUGAGAAGCACAUGGCCCUGUGCCAGCCUGACUCUUGCUCGCCCGCCUCCGAGCACCGGGCUGGCAUCACCGCGUUCAUGAAGGUCCUGGACAGUUUACAGAAGAGGCGGAUGAACACCGGCCUGUGCGAGAGGAUCCGGAAGGUGUACGGGGACCUGGAGUGUGAAUACUGCGGCAAACUUUUUUGGUACCAAGUGCAUUUUGACAUGCAUGUCCGCACCCACACCCGGGAACAUCUGUAUUAUUGCUCCCAGUGUCAUUAUUCUUCCAUCACCAAAAACUGCCUUAAACGCCAUGUAAUUCAGAAACACAGUAACAUCUUGCUGAAGUGCCCCACUGACGGCUGUGACUACUCGACUCCAGAUAAAUAUAAGCUGCAGGCACAUCUUAAAGUUCACACAGAGCUGGACAAAAGGAGUUACUCUUGUCCUGUGUGUGAAAAGUCUUUUUCAGAAGACCGAUUGAUAAAGUCACAUAUCAAGACCAACCAUCCCGAGGUUUCCAUGAGCACCAUCUCCGAGGUUCUCGGGAGGAGGGUCCAGCUGAAAGGGCUGAUUGGAAAGCGAGCCAUGAAGUGCCCGUAUUGCGAUUUCUAUUUCAUGAAGAACGGCUCAGACCUGCAGCGGCACAUCUGGGCUCAUGAAGGCGUGAAGCCCUUCAAGUGCUCUCUGUGCGAGUACGCCACACGGAGCAAGAGUAACCUCAAGGCUCAUAUGAAUCGUCACAGCACUGAGAAAACCCACCUAUGUGACAUGUGUGGCAAGAAGUUCAAAUCGAAAGGGACGUUGAAAAGUCACAAGCUCCUUCACACCGCUGAUGGGAAGCAGUUUAAGUGCACGGUGUGUGACUACACGGCGGCCCAGAAGCCUCAGCUGCUGCGGCACAUGGAGCAGCACGCCUCCUUCAAGCCUUUCCGCUGUGCCCACUGCCAUUACUCCUGCAACAUCUCGGGCUCCCUGAAGCGGCACUACAACAGGAAGCACCCCAACGAGGAGUACGCCAACGUGGGCACCGGGGAGCUGGCGGCCGACGCGCUCAUCCAGCAAGGUGGUUUGAAGUGUCCUGUGUGCAGCUUCGUUUAUGGCACCAAAUGGGAGUUCAACAGGCACUUGAAGAACAAGCAUGGCCUGAAGCUGGUGGAGAACGAGGGAGAGCCCAAGUGGGAGCCAGCCACAGAGGCGGCCGAGGAGCCCUCCACCCAGUACCUGCACAUCACGGAAGCUGAAGAGGACGUUCAGGGCACACAGGCAGCCGUGGCCGCGCUCCAGAACCUGAGAUACAACUCGGAGAGCGGUGACCGACUGGACCCCACGGCGGUAAACAUCCUCCAGCAGAUCAUUGAGCUGGGCACUGAGACCCACGAUGCCACGGCUGUCGCCUCGGUGGUUGCCAUGGCGCCAGGGACGGUGACUGUCGUGAAGCAGGUCACCGACGAGGAGCCCAGCUCCAACCACACGCUCAUGAUCCAGGAGACCCUCCAGCAGGCCUCCGUGGAGCUGGCCGAGCAGCAUCACCUGGUGGUGUCCUCCGACGAUGUGGAGGGCAUUGAGACGGUGACGGUCUACACGCAGGGCGGGGAGGCCUCGGAGUUCAUCGUCUACGUGCAGGAGGCCAUGCAGCCCGUGGAGGAGCCGGCUGUGGGGCAGCCAGCCCAGGAGCUCUAGGGCACACGUCAGACAAAGCCACAGGCAGGGCUGGCCAGGCUGUGUAGACGCUGCGGACACCAGGGCUGGGAGCCCCCAGCAGUGCCCCCCCGUCCCCGGGUGCUCUCCUCUGCACUCCCUGCCCCGGCCGCCAGGGGGGGCGCUCCUGGUCCUGCUCUGGGUGGCCAUGGCGAUGGGCAUCACCAGCAGUACAGGAGCCCCGCCCCCAGCACAGAUGCCACCCUCCCCCCCAGUCGUCUGCUUCCGGAAAGACACUUGCAUCAGCUCCCCAAACAUGGCCCAUACCGCAUAGCCCCUUUGCUUUGAGAUUCCAGCAGAGACCCCCAGCGCUCAUCAACAUCUUCCCUGGAUCAGUCUCGGAGGUGGAGCCGAAUCUUUAUGUGGGACUGCUCCGCAGCCUGGUGACGGGAGACAGCCGUCGCAGAGAACUCGACCUCCUGGUUUUGAGUCCCCUAGGAGAGAACAGAGGGGAGGGGUGUAUCUACAAAGUUCUGCCCUCCUCAUGCAUCAAGGGCACUUGUUAUCCUGUGAAGUAACCACGAUUUGAUGCCCCUCCCACGCUCAUCCCUGGUGGGGUCUCCGCUUACUCUCUUGGAAUCCUUCUGCUUUUUAAAUAAAUGCACUUUUUGCUGUUCACCUCCCACUCCAAGGAGGCGAGGUGGAUAGAAUAGAA